AUGUCUUCGAAAGAUUUAGGUGGUCGUAUAAGGGAUAGUUAUAAUAAUUAUGUUGAUGACGACGACGAAGAUUUAGGUUUGCAAUUGAAAGGACUAAAGAUUACUAAACGUAGUAACCCAGAGACAAUAAUUAAUAUGCAAACUGACACAGACAAUGAAUAUUUGCAGGCAUCUCACGUUUUGAAUGAUGAUGAAUUUGAUCUCGGCGGCAGUUAUUCUCAACCGGUUGUUGAUGUAAAUCCAUUUAAUGAUACUAAUGAAAUAAAAUCAUCAACAGACAACAUGACCAGUGAUACUAAUGACACUGAUAAUAUUAUUAAUAAUAAUACGGCGAAUGUACUCACUGAUUCGAUACCCAAAAUAUUAGGUAGAGAACCAGAUAUUAUAUUACAUGAUCAAGAAAACAAUAAUGUAUUUGGUUCAUCCGAGGAUGAUGUGUUAGAGAUACGAUAUAAUUCCGGAGCCGAAACUGAUUCAGAUCAUGAUCUUGGAUAUGACCCUACUAAAGGACAAAUAGCUAACACCAGCACUAACUUUAUGGAAGAUAAAGCUGAUAAUGAUAAUAAUCACAACAAUAAUAGCGAUAGUGAUAGCGAUAGCGAUUGGGAUACUGUUCCUGCUGUGGCAUCUUACGAUAUUUAUAAUGAUAAAGGUGAAUUACAAUUGAAACCAUAUAAUGAAGAAGAAGAUCGAAAACCUCGUCAACAAAACAUAUCUUCAACGGGACUACCUAAUGAUAAACAACAGCCCGACCCGAAUAUAGGUACACAAUCUAAUGCAAAUACUUUUCAAUACACUAAAAUAGCUGUCGAGGCACAAGCCCAACGGUCUUAUAAAACAAAUAAGAAAACAGAUUUUUUGUUUGAACAUAAAAAAUUGCUAAAGAUGAAAAAUGGGAGUAGUAAUCUUUCUUCAAAUUCAAUUAAUGCAUCAACAGAUUCUUUAAUAAGAUCAAAAUCUAAUUCAUUAGGAAUAUACAGUAGUAAUAAUAAUAGCAAGGCUGAUGAUAAUGAUGAUGAUUAUUAUGAUGAAUAUGAAGAUGACAUCGAGCCAGCUGAUGACCUCAAUAGGGAAGCGCAGUUGAGCAUAACAAGGUUACUUUUGGAUGAUGUUGAGAAAUUUGCAUACCUUGGUGCAGUAAAUGUUAUUGCUAAUCAAAUGUGUACAGAAUUGGCAACAAUGUGUCUUUGUAUAGAGAUUAAAUCUCAUAAAAAGUUGGCUCAAAGAUUACAAUUUACUCAGAAGGAUAUGGCUGCAUGGAAAACUGCAACUUUGACAAGAUUAUACAACCAUUUAGAUGUCUUGGAUGAAGAAGUUGAAAUGAUUGAAAAAUUAUCACUUCAUAAGAUUCAAGUAAGCGAUUUAUUGAAAUGUUUGAAGACGACACAGGAUAUGGAUAAUCCAUGGGAAAAUAAAGAAGAACAAAAAAGAGACUGUAAGGAUUCAACUGAAGAACAAGAUAAUGAUAUUAUUGAUGAUGCUAAAAAUGUCAAAGAUUCAGCAGAUGUUGAUAUAACUUCGUUAGCAACAGAACAAACUGCUGAUGAUAUUACAAACGACACGAAGAAAGAUAGUAUUGUUGUCGCAUCUGAACCCACACAAGUCAUAAAUCCCGAUGCCAUUAAAGAUAAGAAUAAGUUAAAAGUUGAUGUUGCAUGGACUGUGAUUUGUGAUUUGUUUUUAGUAUUAUUGCAGAACUCAUCGUAUGAUGCUAGAUCAAGAACUUUAUUGAUACGUUUUGCUGAAGCUUUGGACAUAUCUAAUUUAGAGAUAUGUGAAUUUGAAAAGAGGGUAACAGAUUCUUUGGAUAUGGAACAAGCCACAGAAGACCAAGUAUGGAACGAAGAAAAAUUUAUGAAGGAUCGUAGAACGAAAAAGAGAAGAAAGAAGAUGGCCUACGUCGGUCUUGCAAUGGUUGGGGGUUCAUUGGUAUUGGGUCUUAGUGGAGGCCUGUUGGCUCCUGUUAUUGGUGCCGGUUUGGCUGCAGGUCUAACCACUGUAGGUAUUACAGGUGCUUCAGGGUUUCUGACAGGUGUAGGUGGUACUGCUGUAGUUGCAGUCUCCAGCACAGCUAUUGGGGCUAAUAUAGGUGCAAGAGGUAUGAAUAAGAGAAUGGGUAGUGUCCGGACAUUUGAAUUCAAACCCCUGCAUAACAAUCGUCGGGUAAAUUUAAUUUUGAGUGUAUCUGGUUGGAUUAUGGGUAAACAGGAUGAUGUGAGAUUACCCUUCUCUACUGUUGAUCCUGUGGAAGGUGAUUUAUAUUCUUUGUAUUGGGAGCCUGAAAUGUUAGCUUCGAUGGGUCAAACUAUUGGUAUUGUUGCGAGUGAAGUUUUUACGCAAACUCUCCAACAAGUUCUAGGUGCCACAAUUCUAGCAGGUUUGAUGACAGCUAUUCAGUGGCCCAUGGCAUUAUCCAAACUAGGGUAUAUUAUUGAUAACCCAUGGAAUGUCUCACUUGAUAGAGCAUGGAAUGCAGGUCUAAUUUUAGCGGAUACAUUAAGAUCAAGAAAUCUUGGUGAAAGACCUGUUACGUUAGUCGGAUUCUCUUUGGGUGCUGCAGUUAUACAUUCUUGCUUGGUUGAACUCUGUAAAAAGAAAGCUUUAGGGUUAGUUGAAGAUGUAUUUUUAUUUGGGACCCCUGUUGUUAGAAAAAAGGAGGAGUUAGUAAUGGCAAGAUCUGUGGUUAGUGGAAGAUUCGUCAGUGGAUACUCGAGUAAAGAUUGGGUUUUGGCAUAUUUGUUUCGUGCUACUGCUGGUGGUUUCAUGGCCAUUAUGGGUAUUUCUCCGAUAGAAGAUGUGGAGGGUAUCGAGAAUUUUGACUGUACUGAGCUUGUUGAUGGUCACAUGGCAUACCGUCAAAACAUGCCAAAAUUGUUGAAGAAGUUAGGGAUAGCAGUCUUGAGUGAUGAGUUUGUAGAAAUCGAAGAAGCUAUGGAUCCGGAAGAAGCAAGAAGACAUAGAAAAUUGGUUAGGGAUGUUGAUGCGGCACAAAAGAAAUUAUCAUCAAAAAAGAAACAUAGCAGUUGGAUGCCAAGUUGGAUUAAACCAAAGAAAUCAAAAUGGCGUGAAAUGAUGGAAGAGGCAGUUGAGGAUAAGGAUAUAAAUGAAGAAGAUGUAGAAAAUGCAACAACUCCUCCGAAUUCUAUACCCAAAAAGAAAGAUGCAGCUAUUGUUGACCAUGGGGCAUUGAUGUACGAAUUUCAAUUAUUAAAAGCGGCAAUGAGGAAGAAGGAAGAAGAAAGUGAUGCACAAGAAGCCGGUAAAGAAUCGGAAGAUCUAGGGAUAGAUAAAUCACAAUCACUGCCGCAUACACCAAUAAACAGGUCCACGAAUAAUUUCCAACUUUUAAGUGCCGGUAGGACUGUUCUACCGGAAGAUGAUGAAGAUGAAGAUAUAAAUAAAAAAGGUAUGACUUUUGAAUUUCCCGACGAUGUGUAG